AGGUUUUUGAGUCUCAUCAUGGUCCACAAGACACAGAUUACGGAUAGGCAAAUCGGGCCUCGGUCGACUUCCAUGCUAAGAUUUUACCUUUGGAUGAACGCUGCAUCAUUGACACCCCUGUCCGGCAUCCACCGAAUGGGCAACUCGAGACGAAUAGACGCCGGGGGGCAAAUCUUUAUCUCAAGCAUCGCCAAGUGCACUCUUUUGAGCCUGGCCUCGGCCAUUGCCGUCGCUAGCGCAUCGCCUGUCUUUCCCGCCCACGGUCACAACGGUCACAACGGUCACAACGGCCACAACGGAACAUUCUCUAACUCUACUUGCACUUCUAUGAACCAGAGAAAGGCAUGGCACACUUUGGAGAACCAGGAGAAAUCCGACUACCUCCAGGCUGUCAAGUGCUUGUUCGAAUCACCCGCCAAGACGGGCAUCAAGGGUGCGAAGACAAGAUGGGAUGAACCUCAAAGCUGCCACGUUGAACAGUCUAACUUCAUUCACGGAGUCGGAGCCUUCCUUCCCUGGCACCGCCUCUUCCUUCGUCUCCACGAAAUCCUCCUCCAAGAAGAGUGCGGAUACACCGGUGCCCUGCCCUACUGGGACGAGCAGCGCGAUCUUGAGGUGUUUGGAACCGUCCAGAAGGCCUCUGUUUGGGGUUCGGACGAGUUCAGCUUCGGAACCAACGGUGUCAACACCACCCAAGGUACCAACUGCGUCAUCGAUGGUGCUUUCGCCAACACGACCCUUCGCAUGGACCAAGUUUAUGGCAUAGACUACUAUGAAGAGUACUGCCUCUCUCGCGAGUUUAACCAGACUGCAUUCACUUUCGCCAACCAGUCUUACGUUGACGAGUGCUAUGUGAAGGAGACUUACAAUGAGGCCAACUUCUGCUACGUUAAUUCCCCUCACUCUUGCGGCCACCUUGUAACUGGCGGUACUAUGGAGAACCAGAACGCCAGCCCUGGUGACCCGAUCUUCUUCCUGCACCACGCCAAAUUGAUCCUCAUUCCUUCCACCUUCAUCAUGGAGCAGAACCGCUGGCUCACCCCUUCUGCGGCUUACCUCGACUAUGACGGAGACGCGGGCAACGAUACCACCCUGAACCACGUUUUGUGGAUGGCUGAGAUCAUUCCCAACAAGACUAUUGCUGAUGUCAUGGAUCUGAGAUCCGAGCUCCUGUGCACGGAGUACAUUGUUGCUGAGAAUUAG